GUGAGCCAAUAUUCCCCAGUGAGAAACGAGGCCAAAUCCAGAGAGAGAGAGAGAGGGAGAGAGAGUGAGAGAGAGAGAGAGAGAGAGAGAGAAAGAGAGACUGUCACACACUGUCGGACAGAGAGGAAUAAGAAUUCUUCCUUUUGUUUGGUUCUGCCCAUUUUGUGCAUAUCACCAUGGUGACACAGAGCUCCAAACUCAAGUGGUUGCUUCUGAUCUACUUCCUGCUGUCUGACAUGGUUCAUGCCAGAGCUCCGCCCCCUCCUAGCAUCAAGAACAGCCUUGGGCCAAUCAUCUCCACUGCCAGCAUGUCUCCAUUCUCUUCACCUUUGCCACAGAUGGCCAUAAACCAGGAAACAGAGUGGAAACAGCAAGGGAAGGCCAGAACUGAAGAUAAAGUGAGUGCAGAGGAUGAAGGAAGGUUUGACUCUGCCCAUAAACUUAUCUACACCCUCACAGCUUCUCUACAGGGUCAGGUCCCUUUCCAUGGAAAUGUGAGCUGUGCAGAUCUGGCCGCUGGCCCCUGGAGUGGUGAAGGCUUUUCACGGGAGUUGCUGGGCCUGGUGAUGGUGCCUGUUUUGUUGUCUGUGGGAUGUCCACAAGAAGCCGAGUCACUAGUCAAGAACCUCUAUAUACUACUUGGACCAAAAGAUACACAAGAGCUCCUAGAGGAUAUUGUGGUUCUGAUAAGGCAGAGCAGAAAAACCUCUCUCCACACUUUCUCCUCCAGUCCUCCUAGGCUGAACGGUUACUCACAGCACCACCUACAGGCAGUGAUGUUUAACAUCCAACAGCUAGCAGAAGCAGGGGAGAAUAUGGAUGGGCCUUCUGGUAAAGCCAGUCCUAGGCAAAAUAAAAAAUGCCAGGGCUGGGUGAAGAUAAAGGGCACUCAGUUAUUGGGGAAAACAGUUGAUCAUGGUGGGCAUCUCCACCUACGUGAAGCCAAGCAGGUCUGUGAAAGCCUAGGAAUCAACUGUGCAGGUGUGACCAAAGAAAUCGACUCCAACACCAAGCUGUACCGUGUCAUUUUCAGGCCUGGCAGCCGGGUAGUGCCGUUGGCUUCCCCUAACCAAUCAGAGAGCUGGAUUCAGAGGUGCAGAGAGGGGCCUGUGCGCAGGCGCAGACAUGAAGUUCCUCAGCAAAGUUGUAAAAAUGAGAAAGAGGAGCGUGUGUACAAUGUAGUGGAGUGGAUCCCAGGAGUGUCAACACUUUAUAACCUCGGCACAGCUGUUUACUAUGCGUCCGUUAACUGCUCCAACACAGCAAAAGAGAGAGCCAUCCUCAGCGCCGUGGAUCUGGGCACUGACGCCCUUAUGGCUGUUACUGGAGGGACUGCAGGUGUGGCUGGAUAUGCUUUGGGGGCAGGCCUUAAGACUGGUGUCAAGGCAGGAAUUAAAUACUUGCUAAACAACAUGAGUCAGGAAGGAGAUCUGCUAAUGAACCAAGACAGCUGGGAGGAUGGAACGAUCACCAUUCAAUAAAAAUGAAAAAAUGAGGAGCUGAUGAUGGAAACUUAUGACUAAUACCAGGAAGUAAAUGAAACAUAUUUAAGAGUAUUGCUCUCUCCACAUGUCUGCUGUUGUGCAAGUUAAAGGAUUUUGUUACACAAUUAGUCACAUGGCUUGUCACAGCAUAGCGUCAUAUGGGGGUGCAACCUGAUCUCAGAUUUGAUAUGGAGUUUACAUUUGUUCAGUUCAGUUCACAAAAAAUUAGACACAAAUCUGGUUGGAGUUUUAAAGCAGUUAAAACAGCUAAAAGAAGAAAAGCAAAGAAAAGAGUGAGGACAAAAAUGAGUUAAAGCCCUAAUGGCUGGACAGACAUGGAUGAGUAUGUAAACAGAGCAUUUUGCCCAAAAAUAUUUGCCAUCUUUAACUAUCUACAAAGAAAAGCAUAAAUCAUGCAUUCACAGACAAUUGAUCAGAAACUCACUGAUCAACAACGUUUUCAGUUACAUAAAGGAUAAAGUAGCCUAAAAUGUGGCUUAAAUGUAACGAAUGCAAUGUCCUAAGUAUUUGUGCAACAUAUACCUUACAUUAACUAAUCUUACAUAAGUAAGCUAUGUGUAUAGGCUUAUUCAGUGGGUGUUCUUUUUCUUUGUAAAUGUUCAAUAUUUACAAUAAAUAACUACUACAUUU